AUGAGCUUUGAAGUCUUCUCGUAUGAAAGUCUGGUGCAUGCGGUGUCGGGAGCGAUGGGAAGUGUAACUGCCAUGACCGUGUUUUUUCCUCUUGAUACUGCACGGCUGAGGCUUCAAGUGGAUGAAAGUAGAGAGUCAAAAUCUACUCCAGCCAUUCUUGCAGAGAUUAUAAAAGAGGAGGGGCUUUUGGCUCCGUACAGAGGCUGGUUUCCAGUUAUAUGCAGCUUGUGUUGCUCCAACUUUGUGUACUUCUACUGCUUUCAUAGUCUUAAGGAAAACUACUUGAAAGGACAACAAUCAACGUCCAGUGUUGACCUUUUUAUGGGAAUGGCUGCGGGUGUCAUAAAUGUUUUGGCAACAACCCCACUCUGGGUGGUGAACACCCGGCUGAAACUUCAAGGAUCGAAGUUUCGUAAUGCAGAGAUACACUCUACAAACUAUUCUGGCAUUAUUGAUGCAUUUAUUCAAAUAGUUCGGGAUGAGGGUGUAGGGGCCCUCUGGAAUGGGACCUUUCCAUCCCUGCUGCUUGUGCUCAACCCUGCAAUCCAAUUCAUGAUUUAUGAAGGCCUGAAAAGGCAGCUCAGGAAAGGUGCUUAUAGGGAGCUGACAUCUAUUGAAGUCUUUAUCAUUGGUGCUGUGGCCAAGGCUGUUGCCACAACUGUAACAUAUCCACUUCAGACUGUUCAAUCGGUCCUUAGGUUUGGACAGUUUCACAAGUCAACCGAACAAUCCAACCUUCUGUCAAGUCUUAAAAGUAUCAAGUGUUUGCUGAUCAACAGAGUAAGGAGGUAUGGUAUAUCUGGCCUUUUUAAAGGCCUGGAGGCCAAACUACUGCAGACUGUUCUGACUGCAGCCCUCAUGUUUCUUCUCUAUGAGAAGAUAGCCAGCUGUACCUUCAAAGCCAUGGGUUUACAAAAGGCUCUCUACAAGAGACGUUAG